AUGUUUCAAGGCAACGUUCUUGUUUGGAAUUGUCGUGGCAUUGUUAAUUUUGAGUCACAAAGAGCCCUCAUAGACGUCGUCCAAGCACGUAAACCUAGUUUGAUCUUUUUAGCAGAAAUCCUAGCGCAGAAAGAACACAUCGAUGCUCUUACCAGACGCCUUGGUUUCAAAGAUAAUCUCUGUUAUCCACAGGAAAGGGAGUCUCAAGGAGUAGCGCUGAUAUGGAAUGAUGAUACACACGCCUCUCUCCGAUCCCGGUCCCCAAAUCACAUUGAUGUAGUUGUUGGUAAACCAGAAGACACACACAAAUGGAGAUUCACUGGUAUUUAUGGGGUUGCAGCUCGUGGAGAAAGACACAGGACUUGGACUCUCAUCCAAGCUCUUGCUGCUGAACCCUGCACCUUGCCAUGGCUUAUGGAUGGGGACUUUAACGAGAUCAUGUCGAACAAUGACAAAUCGGGCGGCCCCCGAAAAGCAGCAGCGCCAAUGGCUACGUUUCGAAGAACCAUGGCCGAUUGUGACCUUCUGGAUAUGGGCUUUGUUGGUAGUUGCUUCACCUGGAGUAAUAAGUACACGAAAGAGCGUCUUGACCGAAGUUUUCAAACUGCACCAUGGAGGUCUCUUUUCCCGUACAGUCGUGUCAUCACCCUAAACCCUAGUGAAUCCGAUCAUUGUCCGCUCUUAAUCACUGUGAGCGCUGAGAAGCUUAGGUACAAGAAAGCCACCAAUCAGUUUCGUUUUGAGGAGUGUUGGCAUGAAAACCCUAGGUGUGGGGAAUUAAUACAACAGGCUUGGUCCAAACCUUAUACAGGCAAUGUACUUCAGCAGGUGGCUUUCAAAAUCCAAGACACCGGGCAAAACCUCAUGCAGUGGCACGCAACUGAGUUUGCAAAACAAAAGGUAGAACUGCGGGUUAUUCAAGAAAAGCUUAAUGAUCUUAUGAAGAGAGCUACUAACCGCAGAAGCAAAAACCUAAUCAGGGGACUUAAUGAUGAACAAGGUCAAUGGCAAGUGGAACCAAGUGAGAUUCAAAGACUCCUCCUAACCUAUUUCAGGCAUGUGUUUUCAACUGAAAACACCAACUCAGAGGCUAUUGCAACAAUCAUGCAAGCAACACCACGUAAAGUAUCUCCUGAAAUAAAUGAGCAUCUUAUGCAGCCCUACUCUGACGAAGAAAUUAAGAGUGCACUUUUUCAAAUGCAUCCAUCAAAAAGUCCCGGCCCUGAUGCAAAUGAAGUCGCACAUUUCAUGCACAAACUUCGUCAACAAGUAACUGGCUUUUUCUCCCUCAAACUCGACAUCAGUAAGGCUUAUGACAGGUUAGAGUGGCCAUACCUGCAGGCUAUCCUCACCAAAUUAGGUUUCCAUCCUAAUUGGAUCACUAUGGUCAUGAACAAUGUGACCUCGGUCAGUUACUCUAUUUUAGUGCAAGGCGAACCAACUUCACACAUACUGCCUACCAGAGGAAUCAGACAGGGUGAUCCAUUAUCACCAUACUUAUUUAUUCUCUGUGCAGAAGGUCUCUCUGCUCUCAUCACACAAGCAGUGCAAUCCAAUGUUAUUCAGGGACUUACUAUGUGUUCUCAAGCUCCUACCCUUCAUCAUUUAUUUUUUGCGGAUGAUUCCCUUCUAUUUGGCACAGCUAAUGCCGCAGAAUGCCUUGCUUUUAAGCAUAUUCUUAAUAUAUAUGAGCAAGCCUAUGGCCAGCGGGUUAACUUCCAAAAAAGCAGUGUCGUUUUUAGCAGGAAUGUCCACAUUGAUCUUCAAAAUAGUCUAGCUUCUAUUCUUGCGGUGGACAGGAGGGAUGAAGAUGAUAAAUAUCUCGGUCUACCAAUGAGAGUUGGUAAAUCCAAAACAGCAAAGUUUGCUUAUAUCAAAGACAAGUUGUCCAAGAAAUUGAUUAAUUGGAAGUCCAAGAUUCUUAGUUGUGCUGGCAAGGAGAUACUAAUCAAGGCAGUUGCUCAAACAAUGCCCUUAUAUGCCAUGAAUUGCUACCUGCUGCCUAAAAGCCUUUGUGAUGAUAUACAUCAACUAUGUGCUUCUUUUUUUUGGGGUGACACAGAGGAGAAAAAGAAAAUCCAUUGGAGAAGUUGGGAGAGACUAUGUUUAACCAAGCAUGAGGGAGGUAUGGGCUUUAAAAACAUUUAUGCGUACAACAUUGCAAUGCUGGCUAAACAGGGGUGGAGGAUUCUCUCCAAUCCUCACUCUCUAGUUGCUCAGUUGUACAAGGCUAGGUACUUUCCACAAUGUUCAUUCUGGGAGGUUGAAGUGGGUGAUUCUCCUUCGUUCUCCUGGAGGAGUAUACUCCAAGGUAGGGCAGUGCUUAAGGCGGGUGUCCAAUGGAAAAUUGGGGAUGGUGAACAGGUUGAUAUUUGGUGUGAUCGAUGGAUUCCUGUACAUGCUUCGUAUCAAGCCACUAGACCCCAAAACACUUCUUUUAACAAAGUUGCUGAUCUUAUUGAUGCUCCAAACCGGCAAUGGAAACCGGGGGCAGUGCAUAGUCUCUUUCCAAAUGAUAUAGCCUCUAGCAUUCUCUGUAUUCCUUUGAGCAGAAAUGAUAGUCCGGAUAGGUUAAUUUGGAGUCCGGAAAAGAGAGGAUAUUACUCUGUUAAGUCGGCAUAUUGGAUUGCAAGGGUCGAAGUCAUGCAAAAUACUCUCACGUCUACCUCCAAUGGUGAUCCAUACAAAGAACUUUGGCGAUGUUUAUGGAAGGCCAAAGUACCUGGAAAGUUAGAAGAUGUGACACAUGUUUUCUGUAUGUGUCAAAUAGCUUCAACUAUUCUUUCAGGUCCACCAUUUCAUUUACAAGCUACCCUACUGCCAUCGAUCAACUUUAAGGAUUGGAUGUUGGAACGGGCAUUAACUCUAAGCUCAGAUAUUUUUGCACGUUUAAUGAUGAUAAUAUGGGCCCUUUGGAAGAACAUGAACAAUGUGCUCUGGGCAGGAACCAGGCAGACAGCUCAAGAUGUCAUAUUAAGCAGUUUUGCAUGGUGUGAUGAGUAUCAAAGAGCUCGAGGUACUGUGAAGCAGCCUCACAAACAGCCAAGAACAAGAUGGAAGCCUGCUGAUGAUGGGGCCUUCAAACUGAAUGUGGAUGCAGCCUUCUUACCUCAACAAACCACAGGUGGAAUAGGGGGAGUGUUAAGGGAUGCCUCAGGAAAUUUUGUUGCAGCUUUUGCAAGACCAGUUCAGCAUGCUGCAUCUCCUAAGCAAUGUGAACUUUUAGCCAUUAGAGCAGGAGUAGAUUUUCUGGUUUCCCUUCAAGUGCAGCAGGCUGUCAUCGAGAGUGAUAGUACAGUGGCUAUUGCUGAAGCUCUCAGCCCAGAUCACAGCAUGUUAGCUAAUGGAGGUUUAAUAGAUGAUAUACAAUGUGCCAUGCAAUGCAUCCCCAGCAUUCGCAUUUGCUAUCAACCUCGAUCUAGUAAUUUGGUAGCACAUAGAUUGGCGGGAAUAGGUUUUGAGGCAAACCACAACUCUGUAUGGUUGGGACUAGUCCCUGAAUGUAUUCGUGAUGUUCUCAGUCACGAUCUCCAGUACCUCACUUGA